AUGAGUACGAGUCGACAACAUUGGUCUUGGCGAAGUUGUUUUGCGGCUGUAAAACAUAAUAAAAAAUCAAAGAAACAAACUAAUCAUCAACCACUUUUACAAAAAAUAACAUCUAAUGGAAAUACACAUGAUAAACAUUUACAUACGGUUGAUGAAAACUCUAAUAUUCUUAUAUCAUCAACACAAAAACAAAAUCAUAUCGAUACAAAAAAUGUAUCCUACUUCUUAUCAGAGAUGACAACAUCAAAUGAAUAUGAUCAGCAUACAAUACCAAACUCGUGUAUUAUUAAAAUUGAUUCAACAUCCUAUGAUACUGAAAAUCAUUUCAUUGAUGGUGAUAGUAUAGAACAAAUAACAAUUGAUGAUUUUGAUUCAUCUAUAAUUAAUCAAAAUUCAUUAUCGUCAAUAAGAGCAACACAAUUAGAUGCUAUUGUAGAAGAUUCAAAUGAAGAAAAUUCUGAUGAUUUGGAUGAAACAAUACAACCUUUGAAAUUAUGUUGUGAUCGUGAUAUAAUUGAUGAUUCAAAUGAUCUUCGGUCUCGUUUAUAUGACUUAAGUAAAAUGAAUCAUGUCAUAACACAAUUUAAUGAAAAUGGCAAUUUACUCGGUGAAUUCUCACGUCAAAUAGAUAAAUUAAAGCUAAGAACUGAUGACAUCAUACGAGCUAGUUCUCAAAUGCCACGCGAUGCUGAAUUACUUGAAGCACGAUAUUCAACAUUAUUAGCUACUAUAGAAAGUCUUUCAAUAUUAUUAAAAAUUGCACAAAUUCCAGCUUGUCGUUCUCUUCUUAAUCGACUAGUAUUUUCUAUUGAACAACGAACAGAACAACUUAAUAAACUUGUUCAACUUACAUCACAACCAUUAUACAAUCAGCAACAACGACGAGAUCUAUUUGAUGAUGAUUUUCUAUCGUUUCGGAGUGCUUUAUCAUCAUACGAACAUCUUUUUACAACAUCUUCAUAA